AUGAACGGAACUAAAAAUCGUCUCAAACAAGGCAGCCGAGUGGUGGUGAUCGGUAGCGGUCCAACUGCAAUGGGUGCAGUGCAUCGUAUUUUUCAACUCAUUGAAGAUGGCCAUCUUAGCACAAACUCAUUGCAGGUUACCGUCAUCGAAAGAGAACGCGAAGCAGGUGGAUUAGCGCGCUCGAUUACUGACUCGAAUGGUUUCACGUGGGAUCUUGGGGUACAUGUUACGGGCACCAGUAGACAUCAGGAAUUCGCGGAAUUGCUCGAUAAGUCAGUGAAACGAUGGAAUAAAGUUCGACGAUCGGUGAAGGCUGACCUAUCGGAAAUAUUCAAUGACCCGGAACCCCAUCGUAACUAUGUGCCAUAUCCUGUGCAGAAUGCAAUUCCGUAUUUCCCAGAUAGAUUGAAAGAGCAAUGUUUAAAUGAGUUGAAGUGCUUGAAACCACCAACUGAUGCGAGUACGUCGUCUAAUUUCGCGGAUUACAGUCUGCAGUUUUUCGGUCCAACGCUUCAAGAUGUCUUCAUCAGACCAUAUAACAUGAAAGGUAAACAACCUAAGCAAAAGCAGUUGAACUUAACCUCGGAUUCGCUUUUAACGUUCGAUUUGGAAAAGACUGAAGAACGAUCCCGAAAAAGCCGCGAGAGACUUGAAGAGGAUGACAGUAAGGCUCCGUUCACGUGUUUCAGGUAUCCCCAAGAGCUAAGAGGCAUUGGACCAAUUUGGAAGAUUGUUGCGAAGUCAUUUCCUUGCGAAAUAUUUCAUUUCAAUGAAACCGUUCAAAGGAUCGAUGUAUCAACUAAAAUGGUAGAGACAAAAGAUUCGAGUGGUGAAGAGCAUCACUACCCUUACGACUACAUCUUAUCAACCUUACCAAUCACCGAACUCGGCAGAAUAUCGUCUUUGGUUGAGUCCAGUACCCUCAAGUAUUCAAAGGUCAUUUUGAUUGGCAUUGGUCUUCGAUAUCCGCAAAGUGAAUGGGCGCAGUCUGUCAGUUGGGCAUACUAUCCGUACAGAGAUACCGUCUUUUAUAGAUGCACUUUCAUUUCGAAUUUCAACGAUUACCUCACUCCAGACUGUGAUGAAUUUUGGUCGGUUCUUUGUGAGAUCGGUCUUGAGGCUCAUCAAGAAUUCGAUCGUGAUCAAUUAAUCACGAAAACUAUUGAAGGUUCACUUUUGCUUCAAUUCGAGCGUCCAAGUGUUUUCUGUAGCUUAUGUGCCUCAUGA